GUUGGGGGGAACCAACCAGCAUUUUACAAAACUCACGAUCCGGAGACGUGUAAAUGGUUUUAAUCUUGGAAAGGUUUUAUAAAAGACCGUUGGACUUGGGAAGCCAAAAGGUUUGGGUCGGUGUAUUGGCGCAUAAAAUAUACUCUUCCUUCUUCACUUCACUCAUCCCGCUCCGCUCUCCAAACACCGUCGGAGACGACUCGUCGCAACCUCUGUAACUCAGCUCACUGGAGACACAAGCACCCCCACCCGUCGUAGAACACUCACAACUCAUAAGUCACAACCAUGUCAGUAUUCCUAAGAAGUCAUCUGAUUCAAAUUGCAAAUGUUUUUUUCAUUAAAGAAUUUGUAUGCAAUGUAUCCUUUGAUCAUCUAUUACAUGUUCCAGAAACCAAAUACAAAACUUGUGGUUUAGAAAAGGAAAAGAAGAUACCCCCAAGAAUCAAAGUGUUAAGAUGUACACAUUUAGGUCCAUUGAAUCUCAAAUACCUUGCUUUAUCAAAUUACUGCCUUCAAUCCACUGAUUACAAGUUGACAAAGCAUGGAAAUGAUAUACAGGAAAUGAUGGGGCUGGUGUUUAAGGAAAGAGAAGCAUUUCACAUUGACUUUAGAAGUGUAGUAUUAUCUUGGGUUUUUUGGCACUUUUGUCUACACACCAUAAGGAUAUCUUGUAAACAGGUCAACAACUUGAAGUUGUUGGAUGACAUGGCAGAACUGAUUUCAACCUACUGAGUUACGCAAUUAUAUAACAGAG